CGAAUGUGCUGUUUUAAUCAGGAUGUGGUACAUAAACAGAUGUCAUUGUAAUUAGUAUUCAUUUACAUUCCCUGUCUGGUGUGAAGACGUCUAAGGAAUCCGAUCAUUGUCUAAUAUUUCCCAUUGUUUUCCAUUACGCUCUUUGAUGUCUAGAAUCAACAUAAAUAUGGAUUCGAAGUUCAUUUGGAUGUUCCUUGUAGGAUACACUGUAAUCGUGAAAGGAUAUCAAGAGUUUAGCUCGGCCAAUUGUUUAACCGAAGGAACAGUGAAUUGUUCACAAUACAUAAUUUGUACCGAAGACGUAGACAUCAAUGUUUAUCCUGGAAGAAUAAAAACACUGGUCUACGAUAUCUAUAUUCCACGAGGACUGACACAGGAAGCGUCUAUAUUAGUCUCCUCGCCUCCCGACAUGGCUGUUGUAAUAUCCGAUGUACACCUGACUUAUCAAGAUGAUUCCUUAACAAUGACAAAUGGGACCUAUAUCCCAGUAAUUACUGAGAGAACAUGGAUGCUCCUGGCUUUCAGCAGACAGGGCACAUACAAUUUUGGAGAGAUUGACUGCAGCGGUAGUCGUGUAUUACGAAAUGCUACUACAGAAGCCACCAUUGUACCUCCCCGGAAUGCUUCCCACUCGACCGAUUCGACCAGUAUAGUGACCAACGAAAAUGCUAGAGAAUCUACUCUACCAACAACUGCGACCGAUUCGACCAGUACAGUGACCAACGAAAAUGCUAGAGAAACUACUGUACCAACAAUUGCGACCGAUUCCAACAAUUCUACAGAUUCCAUGAAUAGUACGGAUCCUACCAAUUCCUCUUACAUAACAACUUCUCCUAAUACUGUUAACGAAGACCCUUGUACCUACUGUUUAGUUAAACUAGCUGUGGCAUAUCUAAUGGCAGACAUAACAGACGUGUCAGACAAUUCCACACGAGUAGUAACUACAACAAUGGCUUCGAAAAACAUAACCAUUGAAGUUUCUACAACGCUAAUGUUGAGAAUAGUACAGAAUACCGCAGUGAUGUCUAAUUUUUCGACGGAUAUUCCUGAUCAAGUGGAAUUUUUACACGGUUAUUUAAACAAAUUCGAAAUACGAAUGAACCUUAAAAGUCCUUUAUCAGCAUACAAACUUGCGUUAAGCAGCUCUGAUCCAAUUUUAAAAAUUGUUUCAUUGCGCACAUUACUUAUCGGUGAGAACUACGAAGAUAUCAUCACAACAGUGACUGACCAAUCGAUAUGUUCUGGAGGUUCGGACACAAAGGUUUUAGACUUCGGUUACCUUCCAAACAAAGGAUAUUAUGACAGCAACGCUUCGUCACUAGCAGAUAUCAUAGUAUUUGAAAUCAUAUUGUCAAUGAAAGACGUGGUGGCAGUUGGGGAUAGAUUUUCUAUUUAUAUAGACAUGGAGGUAGACUCCAUGGAGGUAAUGAACUCUACGAAGUAUUUCAAUGUAUUCAGCGCAACAAAAGUAAGUAUAGAAUUGGCAACAUAAUGCUAUUGUAUAAAAAUACAUUGCUUGAUUUUGUAAUUCUAAAAUAGUCAUCUUCGUUAAGAUAUGUGUGCAAGUGAAUUCCAGCCUAAUAUCUGUAGUGCUUUAUAUAUAUAUAUAUAUAUGGCGCAGCGGUAUAAGCUGCGGGUAUUUCUGGCUAGGUGAUUGG